UUAACAUAGUUUUAGAAUAUUCGGAAUAUUGCUCUAAUUUAGUUUUAGAAUAUUCGUAAUAUUCUCAAAGAAGUUAGAGCAAUUAUUAAGAAUAUUCGAAAAGACGAAUAAUAUUCCACUAACAUACUGCUCCCCGGAGUCCCCGACAAGCGUCACCGUAACCAUGGGAACGCCUGUGGGUUAGAAUAUACCAUCAGAUCUGAGUUGCAGGAGAAACUCAGAUCCGACAGUAUAUUCUAUCUUUCGAAAAACUGUACUUCCCUGCCCAGUGUCUUGCCUAUUCGCGCAAGAAGCAGGCUGGAAUCGAUCCUAAAUUCGAAUAUCCGUAUCAACCGAAAAUCAUGGUUAUGAAAAUAUCGCGUUACUUCGUACGAAGUUACAGUGACGUGACUUUUGGUUUCGUUUUCUAUGCCGGAAUCGAACAUAGUGCCGCAAAUAUUAUCGGCUAGCGAAAGAUGGUGAAAAGAUUCUUUAAAGAGGAUGAGGAAGGAUUCCUCCUGACUCACAUGUUGGAAAAGGGCUACCAUCGCACCAGGAAACAUGCGACGAAGGACGCCAUUAUCACGGAGCUGAUAGAGGAGAUGGAAGAAAAAUUUCAUCGGAGGCCCACAAAGGCAUCUAUUCAAAAAAAAUGGUGUGAUUUAAAGCGCCACCAUAUGGAUCGCAUCAAUAAAGAAAGUGCGGAAAUAUGCCCAGGGGAUCCUGUUCCAACCGUAAAAAAACGAAAAUCACAGGAGAUGGUGGUGACAUCUGAUGAGGAGGAAGAAUUGGAGAACCAGGCAGAGGAGGAGCAGCCUGGACCCUCCCAAAUCUCCUUGGAGUCAGAGGAACCACCUCAACCAGGGGAGUCAUCUCCACCACCACCGGCAGAAGAGGAGGCGGAGCCGGUUUACACCCCUCAUCAGGAAGUUAUUUGUAAACUGAAAAGAAGGCUCCAGGAGCAUCAAAAGGCAGAAGCCAAUGAACUGCUGGCUAUAAAAGAAACAAAUACAAAAAUAUGCAAACUUCAAGCCCGGUUGAAGAAGCAUCAGCGUCAGAUGAAUAUUCAAUUGAGGAAGCUGGAGGAGCAUAGAAAACUCCGUAAUAAGGAAUUGCAAGACAUCCAGAAGGAACUCAGAAAUUUUCCUUAG